AUGGCGCAGCGGGAGAGAGUAGCCAUCCGGGUGCGCGCCCACGACGGGCGCUCCAUCGUCGUCACGCUCGCCGCCUCCGCCACCGUCAAGGACCUCAGGGCGGCGCUCCGGUCCUCCUUUGCUCCCGCGCUGGCUUCCCCCGAUUUCCACCUCUUCCUCAAGGGCGCCAAGCUCAUCGCCGAGGCCGAGGUCGGGAACCUCCCCAUCGCCUCCGGCGAGUCCAUAUCUUUCAUCCCAGUCACCGCCAAGUCGACGCCGCACCCUCCCGCUGGCCGCGGUUGGAAACCGUCGUCGAGGUCGAGUGCGCCGAAUCCCUGGAACAUGUUCUCCGCGCAAAAACGCAAGUUUUCUUGGCAUGGCGGCGGCGGCGAUGACAUCUACGCCAAGAUGGCCAAGCCAACAAACCCAUGACCGCCGCCGCUCUCGUGCCAUGGCACGCAACCUCUGGACCCCGCCCAAAUGGUGGAGCAUCUCAGGCAGGGGCUCGGGAAGCACGGCCAGAUCACCCACGUUGAGGAGAUCCCGGGCAGGGAGGCGACGUUCGCCGAGCUCCCCGCCCAUCUCUCCUCCUCCAUGAGGGACGCACUGAGAAGCAUCGGCGUCACAAGGCUGUACGCCCACCAGGCGCAGGCCGUGCAGUCCGCCGUCUCCGGCGAGCACAUCGUGGUGUCGACCUCGACGUCGAGCGGCAAGUCGCUGUGCUACAACAUCCCCGUCCUCGAGUCCAUCUCCCAGAGCGCCGCGCCAUGCGCGCUCUACAUCUUCCCCACCAAGGCACUGGCACAAGACCAGCUCAAGACGCUGCUCGAGAUGAAACCGGCGUUCCAUAAUAAAAUUGCUCUUGGGGGAAAGCUUCACGGCGUCGCGGCUACCAAUGCUCUUGAGCUGGGGAUUGAUGUCGGUCACAUUGAUGCGACGCUGCACCUUGGGUUUCCUGGAAGCAUGGCCAGCUUCUGGCAGCAGGCAGGGAGAUCAGGGAGAAGAGCAAAGCAGUCGAUAGCUGUUUAUGUUGCCUUUGAGGGUGCUCUUGACCAGUACUUCAUGAGAUCACCACACAAGCUUUUUGGAAAGCCCAUUGAGCACUGCCAGGUUGAUUCACACAACCAUAAGGUUCUUGAACAGCAUCUUGCUUGUGCUGCUUCUGAACAUCCAUUGCGUUUGGAACAUGAUGAGAGCUACUUUGGUUCUAGCAUGAACAGUGCGGUAAUGACACUCAAAGAGAAAGGCUGUCUGAUGAACAAUCCAUCUGGAGGAGAUUCAGGUGUGUGGAAGUAUAUUGGACCUGAUAAAAAGCCUUCGCAUAAUGAAAGCAUACGGGCAAUUGAGCAUGACAAGUACAAGGUGAUUCACAGGAAAAGCAACCGAGUUCUCGAAGAGAUUGAGGAAAGCAAGGCUUUCUUUCAGGUUUAUGAUGGUGCUAUCUACAUGCAUCAAGGUGUCAGAUACUUAGUUGACAAGAUUGAUCUGUCAUCAAGGAUAGCUUACUGUAAGGUGUUUGAUCUGAACUACUACACCAAAGUUCAGGACUACACUGAAAUCAGCAUAAUUGGUGGUGAUGUUGAUGAACAUCCUGCCAGUCAGUGUAAACCUGACAUCAGGAGGACAACAGCCCAAGCAAGUGCCUGCAAGGUGACAACCAAAUGGGCUGGCUUUGAUCGGAUAUUGAAGUCCAACAACCAGAUACGUGAUUCCGUUAGCAUUGAUCAUCUACCUCCAUACUCCUUUGAAACUCAAGCCGUUUGGGUACAAAUUCCCCAGUCAGUAAGAGCGACGGUGAAGCAAAGGGAAUCUCAGCUUCUGGAUGGCGUACACGCUGCUUCGCUUGCUCUCCUAAGCAUAGUGCCUCUGCACAUGAUGUGCAGUUGUUCUGAUCUAGGAACACAAUGUGCAGAACCUGAAGAACAGUCUGAAACUCACGACAGAAUUCUGUUGUACGACAGACAUCCCGGUGGCAUCGGCUUAGCAUCACAGGCCAAGCUGCUAUUUGGGGAGCUUCUGGUUGCUUCUUUAGAGCUUGUUUCAACUUGCAGCUGCACCAACUUUGAUGGCUGUCCAAGUUGCAUUCAAUCGUUUGCAUGCAGUGAGUACAACAAGAAUUUGGACAAGGAGGCCGCAAUUUUGAUUCUCAAGUGUGUAAUUCAGUACGAAAAGCUGUAUUUUGAAGCCAAAGAUGGUAGUCAUCGGAGUUGAUGUGCUUGUGACCUAGCACAAGAUAUAUCUUGGUGUAGCACCAACUAACACGCUUGUUCUAGGUGCCAAUCGAACCUGAGUGGAAAAAUGUGAGCGAAUAUUUUUUAUUGUAAUGUAGGACAGUGAAAUGCAACGAUAGUUUCAAACAAAAUUUACAUAUCUUUUCCGCUUAUCUCUAUGGAGGUUUUAUGGCAUGAGUUAUUGUGAAUUGUAAUUCAUGUUUCAAAACUGGA